AUGGCCAGUAACUCGCAGCCCCAGCAGCCGCCGGCGCCGCCGCCUCCUCCGCCCCAGCCCCAGCCGCCGCCGCCGCCUGGCCCGGGCCCGGGAGCGGGGACCGGAGCUGGAAGCGGCCCGGGCCCUGGAAGCGGGAGCGGGGCUGCAGCCGCAGCCGGCGGCGGCGGCGGCGGCGGCGGCGGCGGCGGCGUUGGCGGCGGAAAAGCCGCCGGUGGAGGAGGAGGAGGAGGAGGAGGCGGCGGCGGCGGCGGCGGCGCGGGAGACCCUCAGCUCGUAGCCAUGAUUGUCAAUCACCUCAAGAGUCAGGGGCUCUUCGACCAGUUCCGCAGGGACUGCCUGGCCGACGUGGACACCAAGCCUGCCUAUCAGAAUCUGAGACAACGUGUGGACAACUUUGUUUCAAAUCAUUUAGCAACUCAUACAUGGAGUCCCCACCUCAAUAAGAACCAGUUAAGAAACAAUAUUAGACAGCAAGUUCUCAAGUCAGGAAUGUUGGAGUCUGGUAUUGACCGAAUUAUUUCUCAGGUUGUGGAUCCAAAAAUCAACCAUACAUUCAGACCUCAGGUGGAAAAAGCUGUUCAUGAAUUUUUGGCCACAUUAAAUCAUAAAGAGGAGACAAGUACCAGCACAACUCCAGAUGACGAAAAACCAGAUUCUUCCAUCAUAAUGCAAGGCGUUCCUACUGCUGGGUCCAGUGCUAACGUAGCUAACGAUGCCAUGUCCAUUUUGGAAACUAUAAGUUCUCUUAAUCAAGAAGCAAAUGCUGCCAGGGCAUCAACAGAAACUACAAAUCCCAAGACCACUGAAAGAACAUCAAAAAGACUUCUAUCUCAGCCAAGCAUGGAUGCUGGCCCUGAUCGAGAGAGAAACACAGAAGACAUAACAGACAAAGACAAAUGCCUCUCUGACCCAUUCAUUGAAGGACUUGAAACAGUCUCAAAGUCAGAAGACUUAAAUGAUCUCCCUAGUCCAGUUGAAGAAAUAAAAAAUCCCAUAAAGGACAACAGUAGUUUGAUUCUACCAAACAAAGACUUCCUACAGGAAAAUAGUGACCAAAAAAAUAAACUAAUAGACAAAGGGGAAAAGAAACCAGAUAGCAAUGAGAAGAGUGAAAGAAAAAAAGAAAAGAAAGAAAAAACUGAUAAGAAAUAUGACCAUUCUAAAAGAAAUGAAGAUAUACAGAAAACAAAGGAUGAAAAGCAGUUAAAAGAAAAAGAAGUAGAAUGUGCAAAACAGCUACCCUCAGAGAGGAACAGUAAUAAACUUAAGACAUUUGAUGGAACAAAAGAAGAUUGUUCUUUGAUAGAUUCAGAUGUGGAUGGGCUUACAGAUAUUACAGUUAGCUCUGUCCAUACCAGUGAUCUCUCAUCGUUUGAAGAAGAAAGUGAAGAAGAUGCUAUAGUUUCAGAUAGCACUGAAGAAGGAGAGAUUACAUCUGAUGAUGAAGAAAGAGAGACUAAAAAUAAAGCAAAGCCUCAGGUUAGUGAGCCUGGCGAAGGAAAAGCAAAAACUGUCCGGCAUACUUAUGUGCACCGGCCUUAUCUCUACUCCAAGUAUUACAGUGAUUCAGAUGAUGAGCUGACCGUAGAGCAGCAUCGGCAGUCUGUUGCCAGAGAGAAAGAAGAAAGACUUUUAAGGAGACAGGUUAACAGGGAGAGACUUGAAGAAAAACGUAAGCAGAAAGCUGCAGAAAAAACAAAAUCUUCAAAAACCAAGAGUCAAGGCAAAAGUAGUAUGGACUUGGACGAGUCAUCUGGAAAAAAUGUGGAAUCCAAAACUACCAGAACUAAAGAAGUACUUAAAGAGCGAAAAGUUUUAGAAAAAAAAGUAGCUCUAAGUAAAAAACGAAAGAAAGAUACAAGGCAUACUGAUGACAAUUCUAAAAAGAAGAAUUCUGAAGAAGACCCCAGAGAAGCACUAAAAACAAAUGAGCAUUGUGAAAAGGUAUCCUCUUCAAAGGAUUUGAAGCACAUUUAUACAAAAAGUGACCCAAGCAAACCUGCCCGGAGACUUUCUGAGUCAUUACAUUCAGCUGAUGAAAACAAAAAUGAAUCCAAAAUGGAAAAGGAACAGAAAAGACGGAUGUCUACCUCCUUUCCAGUGGAAGGAACACAGCAAGACACUGACAUAAGAGAUGCUAAAAAACAUUUGGAAAAAUCAGAGGUGAAUGUUGAAGAAAUUCAGAAGCAAAAGAUUACACCUAAAAAUGAAAAGCAUCUUAAGAAAGAUGAUUCCGAAACACAACAUUUAAAAAAUAUACCCAAGAAGGAAGUGAGAUCAAACAGAGAAAAAACUGAAAAGGAGAAAACUCUAUCAGAAGAUAAAUUAUCUACAAAACAUAAAUAUAAAGUAGACAUUCUACAUAAAACAAGUGAUGAGACUGAACUCCAUGCUUCUGAGAAAGUCUUGAAAGGAGAUGAAAGUUUUCAAAAGCAAAGUCAACAACCAAAGGUUUCUUCUGAUGAUAAAUCUGACAAAAAAAGCAAACAUAAAAAUGAACGGAAAAUAUCAGUAUUUAGCAAAGAUGGAAAAACAGUUUCUGAAUAUACUAUAAAAACUGAUGAAACUGUACGUAAAGAAAAUAGCAAAAAAGAUAGACAUAUUUCAGCUGAAAAAGUUAAAUCAGAACACAAGUCAAGAAGAUCAAGUGAUUCUAAAGUUCAGAAAGACUCUCAAAGUUCCAAACAGCACAAUUACACAAGUCAGAAGAAAAAUGAAAAUUAUUCAGACGAUAAAUGUGAUAUGGAAUCAACUAAUUCAGAUAGUAAUUUGAAAACAGAAGACAUUGUUCACAAGGAGCGAAGAAGAACAAAGAGCUUAGUUGAAGAUAGAUUUUUAUUAAAGUCUAAAUCAAAAAGUCAUAACAAGCCAUCGAAAGCAAAUGAAACAGAAUUACAAGAAAGUGUCACAAAACAAGCUACUCAGAAGACUGAAAAAGAAAAAAUCUUAGACGAAAGCGACACCGAUAAACAACGUAAACCCAAAAGUGAUGAUAAAGUUCUAGAGGAAACUAGUGUUGACUCUGAACUUGAAAGCACUUCCUCAUCUACACUUGGCUCACUGAAAGAUGCUAGUCACAAAAUUAAAUUCCCACUGGGAGAAAAGGCAUUCACAAAAGAAAAACAUAAGAGUGAUAAAGAGUUGAGUUCUAGGCUUGAAAGGAAAUUAUCAGAAGGUCACAAAAGUAAGAGUUCAAAGCAUAGUAGUAAGGAAAUUAAAAAGAGGGAAGAAAACAAGUCAGAUGAGAAGGAUGGUAAAGAAAUUGAAAAUAAUCAUGAAAAGGCUAAGAGCAAUAGUUUAGUCAUGGAAAAGAAAUUUAGUAGAAGGCUAUGUGAAAGUCGAAGAGGAAGUUUAUCAUCACAAGAAUCAACCAAAGGAGAGGAAAAGUUAUCAACAGACAAUAUUCCCUCUCUUCAGAAACCACGAAAGAGUGGUGAUAACUUAUUAAUUCCUGGGCAAGAGCCAAUGGAAGUUGAUACAGAGCAAAUCUUUGUAAAUGUUCUUGAAGUCUCUAAAACCCAAGAUAAAAGCAGCAUUAGCUCAGGGCAAGAAAUUGGAUCUGAAAACAUUGUAAAACUUAAAACUUCACCCCUAGUUCCAAGUGAUGAAUUAAGAACCAUUGCAAGUGAUCUAAAAUCAGUAGAUUCCACCUUUAAAUCUGAACAUCAGUCAACAUCUGGCAGUAAUUCUGAAAAGAAUAUUGAACAUGAAAAUACCCUUGCUAAGAAAAUAAAUAUUCCAGGACUUGUAUCCAAGCAAAAUUCUGAAGAGAGAGAUUCCAUUCAGCAAGAAGCACAUCAAGGGGGUAAAGACCCUGAAAUCAGUCAUGGAAUUUUGCAAAAUGUCCCUUCAGAGAAUGAUGACACGCAGAAGAAUUUUACAAGCAUAACCAAACCCAGUGAGGAAAGUGUUUCUCCAUUACUCAGUUCUCCCACUAAAGGAGAACCAACCCUUAAACAUUCCAUAAACACAAACUCCUCACAGUGCUUAGUUUCUACAGCUGGUGUACCUGAAGAAGACUUUCAUAAUUUAGAUAGAAGUUCUUUAGCUGAGGAAAGAACUGUUUUGGAAUUUGAAACAGCAAACACUUCAUACAUAAGCCACUCUGCUGUCUUGGGGACAAGUUUGAAUAUGAAGGAAUCUGAAACCACUGAGUUGAGCAGCAGCAACAUGGAACAUGAUCACAGUUCUUUCACAAGUCAGCCAACAAGAGAAAACAGUGCUACCAUUGAAAACAUUAAAGAAAGUGAUCAGGGAACUACAUUAGACAGUGAACAAGAAAAAGAAGAGCAUAAAGUAUCUCAAGAUAACUUGAAAACUGACAUGAUUCUAAGCAAUGAGGAUGUUAACACAACAGAAUUUGUCUUGACAAAAGUAACUGAUGAGGGAAAUGACGGUAUAAUUGUAGACACUAGUUUAGAACAGGAUAUGAAUGCUGUUGUAGAUACUGGCAAGAAAGAAGAAUGUGAUGCUGAUUUUAUAAUAGAGCCUACUAUAGAAAAAGAUGCUAUAAGUGUUAAAGCUACAGAAAAUACGAACAUAAACACUCUAAUUAUGAGAAGAGUAGAAGAAGCAGAAAAUGUGGUAACUGAUGUUAAAGGAAGGAAUGAAAAUAGUGAGGUGGGCACCAGUGCAGGAGGUAAUGAAUUCAUUCCUCUACACCAAAGAAAAGAAACAACUAAAAUCACUAUAGUAGGGAUUAAUAAAGUGGAAAAGGUUGCUGUUGCCACCAGUACUGAAGAAAAAGAUGAAGCAGUUACCAUAGACUCAGUAAAGGCAGGUGAUGCUACAGCAACUUCCACAGGCAGAGAAGAAAGUGAGGUCACUGUAUUUUGUACAAGUAUUGAGGCAGAUGAAGGCUUUGUAACAGAUAUAUGCACUGCAGAUAAUCGUGUUCCUAUUGGAACAGAAGCUAAUGAAUGUACUGUUGUUGCAGCAGCUGAAGAGGGUGGUGGUGUCACUGAAGGAUUUGCUGAAAGUGAAACUUUACUCACUAGUACCAAGGAAGGAGAAAGUGGAGAAUGCACGGAUGCAGAAGAAAGAGAUAAAGACUCUGAUAGAGCUCAUACAGUAAAAAUGAAGGUUAAUGUAAAUAAUGCUGAGACAGAAGAGAAAGAUGAUGCUGUUACAAGUGCAGGCUCUGAAGAGAAACGUAAUGGUUCCUCAAGCAGAAAUUCAGGAGUAGUUGAAGGUACUGUUACUUGUAUAAGUGAAGUAGAAAGUGAUGGAGCUGUAACAAGUGCAGGCACAGAAGUAACAGAAGGAUCUUUAAGUAGUCAAGAUGUAGAUGAAUUCCAGAGAAAUAUGAUCAGAACAGGUCCCCAAAAAGAAACUGAAGGUACUGUGACAUGUACAGGACUGGAAGGAAGAAGUGAUAACUUCAUUAUUUGCUCAGUGACUGAUGCAGAGGCACAGGAAGAGAGUAUGGUUACUGGUGCUGGUGUAACAGCAGUAGAUACUGAUGCCACAACUGGUGUAAGUGUCAACCAAGAAGGUGAAGAUUCUGUAAAUGAUGGUACAGAAGGUGAAAGUGCAGUCACUAGCACAGGAAUAACAGAAGAAGGAGAGGGGGCAGCAAGUUGUACAGGAUCUGAAGAUAGCAGUGAAGGCUUCCCAAUAAGCUCUGAAUCAGAAGAAAAUGGAGAGAGUACAAUGGAUAGCACAGUGGCCAAAGAAGUCACUAAUAUCACACUAAUUGCUGUUGGUCCAUGUGAUGAUGAGGGCAUUGUGACCAGCACAGGUGCAAAAGAAGAAGAUGAAGAGGAUGAGGGUGUUGUUACUAGUACAGGCAGAGGAAAUGAAGUUGGGAACACUUUAACUUGCACAGGAAUAGAGGAAGAGGUUGAAGGUGCACUGACUUGUCUAAGUGCCGAAGAAGGUGAGAACUUGAUGAUCUGUACUGUUAUUGAGCAUGUUGAAGCUGAAGCAGGCAUGGCUGUCAUAAAUACAAAUGACAGUGGGGUGGAUAGUAUGACUAGUGCAGAAAAAGAAAUGAACCAUGGAAUGAUCUACUCUAGUGCAAAGGAGAUUGUUGAAAGCAGUGUGACCAGUGCAAUUUCAGAAAAGGCAGACAUGGCACUAAUCCCAAUGGAUACAGAAGAAUGUGAUGGUCCCAUGACCAGCGCAGCUAUAAAUAAUGAUAGUCAGCUUACUGGUGAAGAAAAAGAUGAAGAUGCCACAAUUUCCACUGGUGUAAUUGAAAGUGAUGAGGUUUUAGUAUCUGAAGCAGUCCCAGAAUAUGAAGUUGAGCACAUUCUUCCAGCAAGUGAAAAUGACGAUGAUCUUUCCACUGUGGCCAGUGAGAAUAACAAAAAUCAGAGUAUUUGUGCUGGCAGCGAAAGCAAGACUAAAGGUUUGAUGAUUUCUACCAGCACUUCAGAUGAAUAUUGUAUCCCUUUACUAAGUACAAUUGCAGAAGAUAAUGAAAGUCAUUGUAGUACAGCAAGAAUCAAAGAAAAUGAUGGGAUUGUUGUAGAACUUGAAGAAUUUGAAGCACCAAUGCCCAGUGCAGUUAUAGAAGAUCAAAGUCAGCUUUCUGCUUCAGGAAAAGCAGAAAAGGAUGAGUGUGCUAUGAUUUCUACAAGCAUAGUGGAGGAGUUUGAUGCACCUAUGUCCAGUGCGGCUAUAGAAAAUUAUGAGGUUCAGCACCCUAUUGCCACAACUGAAGAAAGAAACGAAAACAUCAUCUCUGUAGCUGCUGAAGAUUAUGAGGCACCGAUGUCCAGUGCAACCACAGAACUUGAAAGGCAGCUUGCUUCUACUAGCAAAGAUGAAAAAGAUGAAUGUGCACUAAUCUCUACAAGUAUAACAGAAGAAUGUGAGGGGCCUGUUUCUAGUGAGGUUGUUGAAAGAGAAAAUGAACAUCCUGCCACAAUAAUAGAAGAAAAAGAUGGGAAUGCUCUAAUCUCUACCAGUUCAGGGGAAGAUUGUGAGGGACCAGUGUCUAGUGCAGUUCCAGAGAACAAAGAUCAUCCCCCUGCCCAUACAGUGGAAGAAAUCAAUGAAACUUCCAUGAUCUCUACCAGCACUACAGAAGAAUGUGAGGUAGUCAUGACCAGCACAGUCCCACAGAAUGAGGAUAGACUUACUCCCACAAUAGCAGAAGAAAUAAAUGAUGGUGCCAUCAUCUCCACAAGCACAACCGAGGAAUACAUAGUGGUUGUGACUAGCCUAGACAAACAGGAGAUGAAUCAACCUGCUGCAAUAGGUGCUGAAGAAAAUGAGAGCUCUUUUGUGGUAUCACCUGAAAAAGUAAGAGAAUUUGAAGAUCCCAUGCCAAGCAUAGGUGCUGAAAAUGAUGACUCUCAAAGUCCUAGGCCAGUUGUAAAAGAAAAAGAGACUAGCACAGUGAUACCAAUAAACUCUAUAGACGAAUAUGAAGGUUCUUCAGAUAACGAGUUCACACAAGAAGAAAAAAAUAAUAGCUCCUUCAGCACUGUAAAUAUAGAAGACAAAAGCAUUCAUGAUGCAGAAAAGGAAGUUGGAAAUGGUGCUGCCACAAGCAGUUCAAUAAGGAAUACUUCAGCCGUUACUACAGAAACAAUUCAGAACUCACUGGUGAAUCAGAGCAGAAAUAAAGAAAUGUCUGAGGAUGUGACUAAAGACUCUGUAGUCAGUAUUUGGUCUUCUGCAGCAGUAAAUGUCAGUCCUGAAAAAGCUGAAGAUGUGCCAGAUGCCAAAGAAGUAACAGCAAAGCUUUCUGGUAUUCCUUUGGAGGAAGUAAAGCAUAGUGACUACUUGAAAACUGAAAACCCUGAGUGUAUUAGCGACCUAGGGUCAGAAAUUAUUUUUUCUAAACCCAUGAUUUCUCCUUGUGGUGAACAGGCCUCUCUAUUAGCCCCUAAAUGGAAUAACAACGUAACUAUAAAUAAUAAUCACAAUGCUGAACUAAUUUUUGAAGCUACAGUAGAAAAAAAUAGUGACCAUGAUGGCAUAAAGAACUUAGUUGAGGUGGAAGAAAACCUUGGAAUUAACAUUUCUUCUAUAGAAGAUGUGAAUGAUGCAGGCAGUAGAGAGACUCUACCAAAUGUUUUGGAAGGAUUAGAACAGAAAACUAACUUGGAAACUGAGAUUACUGUGCUUUCAGAAGAGGAGAAAAAUCAGUAUAUUUCAAAAAUACCAGAAGGCCUUGAUGGAGAAGGAGAAAGUGGAAUAGUUGAACCACAGAAAAUUACAGCAUUGGAAAAUAAGUCAACAAAUGUAAACAACUCAGACUUGGAAACAAAUGAAGACAUUCACAGUUGCAAGGAAAGGAAAACAAAGUUUUCAGAAAGCACUGAUGAAGUAAAAGAUAGACCUACCAAUGAAAAGGACAUCUUGGAAGCUGUACAAAGUCAGACCAUUGAAGUGAAAGCUCAAGAAGAGGUAGAAUUUCCUUGCCAAGAAGAUGGAAAUAAUAUACCUAGAAGAAAAAGGAAAAAACAUUCUUCCUUUUCAGAAGAUGAACUAGAUGAUAGCCUGGACUCAAGCAAAGAAGUGGUACAGAGUCAGUGUUCUGAAACAAAACCACAAGUUAUAAAGGAAGAGAGUUCUGAAGGUGCAGAAGAAAUAUGCCAAGAAAGUAUUAAAAAUACUGCUUCAAGGCCUAUGGCAGAAAAGGGCGAACAUAGUAGCAAGGAAGCUAAUGACAAAAAGGCAAAGGAGGAAAAAGAAGAGGACAGUGUAAAAUCUCCAGAGGAAGACCAUCCUGUAAUAGUUAAAAGGAAAAGAGGAAGACCUCGUAAAUACCCUAUAGAAGCAACAGUAAAAAUUAAAGAGGACUCCAAAACAGAUACUGAUACUGUAAGUAUACAACAGUCUCCACCGAGGGACAAAGUGAAGAUUGAUCAGAUGGAUGACUCUAAUAAAGAGAUAGCAAAUGAAGAAGUGAAUUUGGCCAAUGACAUUAGAGAAGAGAAAAUGGUAGCAAUUAUGCGUCGAAGAGGAAGAAAGCCCAAGCGCUCUUUCACAGGAUUAGAAGAAACUGCAGAAACAUCAGAGCCAGAAAGAAAACGUCGGAAAUCAAUGUCUGAAGCAGUUGAGGACAAGAAGGACCAAGAGUCUGAGGAGGAAGAGGAGGAGGAGGAGGAAGAUGAGGAUGAAAAGUAUUCAAGAGCCACAACCAGAUCUACUGCAAGAUUGGAAGCUCAAAGAAAACAGCCAAGCAAGCCAGCUACACGUGCCACUUCCAAACUUGGCAGCCCAGAAACAUUUUCUCCUAGAAAUCGCCAAAAAUUAGCAAAAGAGAAGUUGUCCACCAGGGAAAAAGUUAGUAAAUCUCCCCCAUUAGGAAGAUCGAAAGCACAGCUUUCCCCUCCUGCCAAGCGCAAGAGAGAGGCCAGCCCACCAGUGGUCCGAACAAGAGGUCAGCAGAAAGUGGAAGAAGCACCAGGGAAAAAAGCAAAACGGUCAUACUGAGCAUUUUCUCUCCUGGUUUGAAAAAGUGGUAAGAGAGGCACUUCUCAAGGCAUCCACUUUUUCAAAAGGAAGAAGACACACAUGUGCUGUACAUUACCAGAUGCAAGCUUUGUCUUAUUAUGUUUUGAACAGCUUUACAAAACUCUUGUUUAUAGGAGAUAUGUACAUUUAUUUCAGAUAAAGGAAAAUAAGUUUACUUUGUAUCUGAAGUUAAAACAAAGUAGUUGUAUAUUUUAACAUUCAAAGUUGGGAUUUCCCAAUGUGACAGACAUCGCAAAUGCAAAAGCUUCCAACCCACCCGGCACCUGGCUGCCUCCUGAUAAUCUUUGUACAGUAUAUAAACAUGUAAAAAUAGGUUGUAUUUUACUCUAUGUAUGAUGCUACUCAAUGAUGAACACUUUAUUUAUUUUACAGAGAAGACUUAUCUGUGAACUUUACUAUAUAUCUCUGUUUAUUUUUAUUUUAUUCUUUUUUUUUUUUUAAUAAAAACAGGUUUUAAAUGCUAUGCACUCAUCAGUAGGAAUUGUUUCAGGCCUCUGCCCUGAACUUACCUGAAUAUAGUGUGGCAGGAGGUAAAGAAUUAUUUCGCAUGUAUUCAAGUAAGUAGAUUAGUUAAAGAAAGGGACUCAGUUGUUUUUCUGUUCACAGUUGUGACUAUGUUAAAGGAACUGUAACUUGUUUUUAAAAUACAUUCACAUAUGUGACUUUAUUAUUAACCUAAAUGAAGUAAAAAUAGUUCUAGUUUAGGAAAAUUCAUGCCAUCUUCAGUGGAAAUUUUUCCAGUUGAGAUUCAACCCAACUACUCUGUGUUGUUUCGAAGCUUACCUUAUUCUUUCAGUAUUUGUCCUUUUCGAUGAAGAGAGAUCCAUUGAAGAUGAAAAAAACAUUUCUUCUUAUAUCUAUAGAGUUUGGCAUUUUAUGUUCUGUUUUAUACACAGGUAUUUCAGAAUAAAACCUGGUCUUAUGGCCAGAGCCUUUUUUUAACAUGUUUUAACUCCCAUAAGAACAAACUGUCCAAGCUAAGUUUUUCAUAAGAUUAAACUUUUCUUAAGAUCAAAUUUGUCUCUUGCAAUGAUGUAAUAAGUUGCCAAAUAAUCUGAGAUUAUUUUACAAUGUUGUGUUCAUAUUCUUAUGUUUUAUAAUUAAAAUUUACAUUCU